CAAUCAAUGGAAUUAGUAGAAAAAGUGGCAUAGCGACAUUACAAGCAAAUAUGUUUUUGUCGAGAUUAAUUUAUAUUUUUACCAUUUUCAUAGUGGAAAUAGUAGUUGCCAAAAAUGGAUCUAGUCAACAUUUUCCGGAGAAUUUCUUAUUUGGUGUGUCAUCGUCUGCAUAUCAAAUUGAAGGUGGCUGGGAUUCGGAUGGUAAGGGACCAUCAAUAUGGGACGAAUUCACUCACUUGCAUCCCGAAAAAAUAGUUGAUCGUCAGAAUGGCGAUGUUGGUGCCAACUCUUAUGAAUAUUAUUUGGACGAUGUCGAAGCAGUGAAAAGUUUAAAUAUGAACUUUUAUCGAUUUUCAAUCUCGUGGACGCGUAUCUUGCCAACUGGCGAUUUAACACAAGUAAAUGAAAAAGGCAUCGAGUAUUACAACAAAAUUAUCAACAAGCUCAUCGAAUACAAAAUCGAACCAAUGGUGACGAUGUAUCACUUCGAUCUACCAGCACACCUUCAAUUAUUGGGUGGUUUUGCAAAUUCAGCCAUUGUUCAAUACUUUGAAGAAUAUGCAAACUUACUGUUCAAUCGGUUCGGCGAUCGUGUCAAGUAUUGGAUUACCAUAAAUGAAGCAGCAGAAUUUUGUGUAAAGGGCUAUGGUGGAAAGAUUCAUGCACCUGGCAUCAAUGCACACGGAAAAGGCGAAUAUUUGUGUGUGCAUAAUGCAUUGAAAUCACAUGCGGUUGCUUAUCAUUUGUAUAAACGCGAGUACUAUAAUCAGUAUAAAGGUCAAGUUGGAAUCGCCCUUGACUCUUCAUUUUUUUACUCCGAUUCAAAUGAUACGGUGGUAGUGAAUCGGGAGAUGCAAUUUACGCUAGGCUGGAUAGCACACCCAAUUUUCAGCUCCGAUGGAGACUAUCCGGCAGUCAUGAUUGAUCGUAUUGCCAACCACAGCAAAGCGGAAGGUCGUUUGGUUUCACGAUUACCGACAUUCUCUAAUCAUUGGAAAAGGACAAUUCAAGGAACGUCUGAUUUUUUUGGUUUAAACUAUUAUACAAGUCGGUACAUUCGAGAAUCAUUGGAACCAAUUGGUGAGAACCCAUCAGUUGCACGCGACAGGGGAAAUGAAAGAUUUACAAAACCUGAAUGGAUUAAAGGUGCAUCAGAUUGGUUAUAUUCGGUUCCAAAAGGACUUGGCGAUCUUUUAAGAUGGAUCAAAGCGGAAUAUAAUAAUCCAGAAGUAAUAAUCACUGAGAAUGGUUGGUCUGAUGAUGAUAGGCUUGAAGAUGACAGUCGCGUCACCUAUUUUCAUGAUCACUUGGAACAAGUUUUGGAUGUCAUUUUAAAUAACGGUUGCAACGUCAAAGCAUUUUCAGUAUGGUCUCUGGUAGAUAAUUUCGAAUGGAGUCAAGGCUACACUGAAAAAUUCGGAAUGUUUUUCGUUAACAUGUCAUCGCCGCGGAAAGAACGAAUUCCUAAAAAAUCCGCAUAUUUCAUGGAAGAAUUGAUUAAAAAACGAAGCAUUCCGGGAAUAUAAUAAUGUCAUUCAUAAUAAUGAGUCAUUUUUUAUUAAGACAAAUGUAUAUUUAUUUAAAUUGAUAUUUAAAUUAAAGAAAACCUCGUUAUUAUA